CUUACAAAGCAAUGUCUGGACGUGGCAAAGGCGGGAAGGGUCUGGGCAAAGGCGGCGCCAAGCGCCACCGCAAGGUGCUGCGCGACAACAUCCAGGGCAUCACCAAACCCGCCAUCCGCCGCCUGGCCCGCCGCGGCGGCGUCAAGCGCAUCUCCGGCCUCAUCUACGAGGAGACCCGCGGGGUGCUCAAGGUCUUCCUGGAGAACGUGAUCCGGGACGCGGUCACCUACACGGAGCACGCCAAGCGCAAGACGGUCACGGCCAUGGACGUGGUCUACGCGCUCAAGCGCCAGGGCCGCACCCUCUACGGCUUCGGCGGCUAAGUCACUGAAGUCACAUAACCUCGUGUCCACCAAAGGCCCUUUUCAGGGCCGCCCACACUCUCCUGGGAAGAGCUGUACGCACCGUUCUUGUUCUG